ACAAGAUUAAAACUUUUUAGGUUAGUCUUCUUCUUCACUCUUUUUAUCCAUUCCUCACAAAACCAAAAAAGUCUUCACCUUUGCACCAAAAAAAAAAAAAAAGUCUUGACAUUGUUUCGUCGGUCGUCACUUUUGCUAGCUAAUAAAAGCCAGAAUAAAUAAUUGGAUUAAAUCUUUUUUUUCUUUUCUUACUGUUUAUUAUUGGAACACAGCUACAAGGAGGGUAAAGCUUCAAUCUUUCCCACUCACAUUCAUUUUCUCUGGUCUUUGAUUGCUUUUCUUUUCACUGCUUAGGUUCUUUGUCUGUUAGGUUUAGAGAGAUCCUUUCCAAAGAUCCAAAGCUGGAAACUUUCUAGUCAAUGCUGCUUAAGAUCUGACUUUUUCCCUUCAAUGUCGCUCUGAAAUCCCCUAAAUUUUUGGGCCCAUCAGGUGAAUAAAGCGGAGGUCAGAAGAUGGGUUCUGGUUUAAAUGACACAUUAUCUCGGAACUACAAUGGUUUGGAGCUAUGGGAGAUAAUAGUGAUUGUUCUCUCCGCGAUAUUCGUUGUAGUUUUAGCUAUAUCGCUAUGGCUUACUUUCAGAAGAAAAACCUCUAGAUCUUCUUCUAAUCUAAUCCCUGUUAGUCGCCAGAUUCCUCCUAGUGUUCCUGAAGAGAUUAAAGAGAUUAGAGUCGACGAGGUUUCUUCAAGCAAUGGUGGGAAUGGAUACCCCUCUAUUAGUGAGAAAUUUGGCGAUAAAGAACCCGAAAAAGGGAUAAAAGCAGAGUCAGAAAAUGGCGAUAGUAGCCGGUCAGGCUCGUUUAAUCACUUGGAGAAAAAAGACGGAUCGAGCGUAUCUUCUGCUAAUCCUUUGACAGCUCCAUCUCCUUUGUCUGGUCUUCCUGAGUUUUCUCACCUUGGAUGGGGACAUUGGUUCACUCUUAGAGAUCUUCAGAUGGCUACUAAUCAGUUUUCAAGGGAUAAUAUCAUCGGUGAUGGUGGAUAUGGAGUUGUUUACCGCGGUAACCUUGUUAAUGGUACUCCUGUUGCUGUUAAAAAGUUGCUCAACAAUUUAGGACAAGCUGAUAAAGACUUCAGAGUUGAAGUUGAAGCUAUAGGUCACGUUCGACAUAAAAACUUGGUCCGCCUUCUCGGAUAUUGUAUGGAAGGAACGCAGAGGAUGCUGGUGUAUGAGUAUGUUAACAAUGGAAAUUUGGAGCAAUGGCUCCGUGGAGACAAUCAAAAUCAUGAGUAUCUUACAUGGGAGGCACGAGUGAAAAUUCUUAUUGGGACAGCCAAAGCGCUCGCGUACCUUCACGAGGCGAUUGAGCCAAAAGUGGUGCACAGAGACAUUAAGUCUAGUAACAUUCUGAUUGAUGACAAAUUCAAUUCUAAAAUUUCUGACUUUGGACUUGCUAAACUACUUGGUGCUGAUAAGAGUUUUAUAACUACUAGAGUUAUGGGUACCUUCGGUUACGUAGCUCCAGAGUAUGCGAAUUCCGGUCUUCUGAAUGAGAAAAGCGAUGUCUACAGCUUCGGGGUUGUACUCUUGGAAGCUAUAACUGGUAGAUAUCCGGUAGACUAUGCUCGUCCACCACCCGAGGUACAUUUGGUGGAGUGGCUGAAGAUGAUGGUCCAACAAAGACGAUCAGAAGAAGUGGUUGAUCCAAACCUUGAAACAAAACCAUCUACAAGUGCUUUGAAAAGAACACUAUUGACUGCUUUGAGAUGUGUUGAUCCAAUGUCUGAGAAAAGACCGAGGAUGAGCCAAGUUGCACGUAUGCUUGAAUCCGAAGAAUACCCAAUUGCUAGAGAGGAUAGGAGAAGACGAAGGAGUCAGAACGGGACAACAAGAGAUUCAGAUCCUCCGAGGAACAGCACAGACACUGACAAGAGUGAGUACCAUGACCUAAAGCCUGAAGGUGGAUAGCCAUUGGAAAUAAUGGAGGUGUAAAUUGUCGUAAAGUCUCGAGCUUUAUGGGAAGUUUCAAGUCCUUAGUUCUUCUCCAGAUCUUCUGCGUUAUUUGAUGUUUCUUUUCUUUUGUAAUAAGGAGAGAGAGAGAGAGUGAAUGAGUUAGUGAGUGUUCAUCGUUCGUUUGUUGCUUGUAUAGUAUUUGUUUGUUGUAUUAUCGUUUGCUUCUCCACGUUUUGCAAUGUAGGUUGUUUUUGGACUAAGUAAACGCUAUUUGCAGGUUUUGUAGGGUAUGUAAGUCUUUGAGAGAAACGACGUGUAAUUUGCAAUUUGCUUGUGGAAGAUAUUGUUAUUUGAGAGAGACUAACACAGGUCUUUGAAGCUCACCAACUUAACUCUAAUAAUUGACUACACAAAAGUUG